AUGUCUGAGUCCGCAGCGCCCGCAGCCCCGAUGGCGCCCGUAUCGCGCGAGAACCGGCCUAGCAUCGUCGGCCCCGACGCUCCCGAGGCGCCGUACCCGAUGCAGCUGCAUGGUGUUGUUACCAAGGGCUUUGGAAGGGGUGCGCGCUUCCUCGGUAUUCCUACUGCAAACCUCCCCGACUCGUCCCUCGGCCCCCUCAACGAGCUGGGCAUGACGGGCAUCUACUACGGUUUCGCGCGUAUCCACCCUACGGUCUCCACGCCUCUGCCGACGGCCGCGCCGACGCCGAUUUCCAUGACGCCCUCGGCGUCGAGCGCCAACCUGGCCUCGUCGAUCCACCACCACCACCCCUCCGCCCCCAAGUCCCUCACUACCAACCCCCUCACCUCGUCCGCCAUCGCCUCCCUCCCCGCCCAGACGGCGCCGUACCCUCCCGACUCGGUCCCCUCCACGCCGGGCGGAACGCAGCGCCUGCACCGUCUCCCAGACGAGGACGGCAAAGUCUGGCCCAUGGUCAUGAGCGUCGGCUGGAACCCGUACUUCAAGAACGAGAAGAUCACGGCCGAGGUCCACAUCAUGCACCCCUUCGCGCAUGACUUUUACGGGCACGACAUGAGUGUGCUGAUUCUCGGCUACAUCCGCCCGGAGCUGGACUAUGUUAGCAAGGCAGCAGCGAGGCACAGCGAAACCGGUAGAAUGACCAGCGCUAACAACCCAGAGGCCCUCAUUCAGGACAUCCAGACCGACGUCAAGGUCGCGCUCAACUCGCUCGCGCGCCCAGAGUACGCCAAAUACGCCUCGUCGCCGUUCCUCAUCGACGGUCCGAGCGGCAACGGCGACGCGAGUAAUGGCGACGCGAAACCCGACACUGAGGCGAAGUAG